AUGCUUGACCACCACGUCCUUAUGCAGUGGAAGGAUCCUGCUAGGACAGGAACCGCAAGCAUGCUACAUGCCAAACUGAAUUAUUUGGAUCCAGACCUUCGCGAGCUCAAGCGCAUCCUCUUGGCGGCCUGGUUCCCCGACAGGCUUCAUGAGCUUGAUCGGCCGGAAGCCGAUGCUCCGGAGCCUGCUGGCGAUGGAGAGGAUUACGAUCUUGAGGAGAGUGGUUUGGAGGCGGAAGAGGAUCAAGAUCCUGUAGCAGAAGAGGCUGAGGAGGUUGCAAGCCUCCCCGAGGAGCCUGAUGCUGAGGAGGUUGCAAGCCUCCCCGAGGAGCCUGAUGUUGCAGGCGAAGCCAUGGAGGUGGAUGGUGCAGGCGAUGGCCUGAACGUCGAUGGAGUGCCGACCGUGGAUGAUGUGAUGGUGCUGUCCGAUGAAGAAACCAACACUCCACCACAUAAGCCAAUGAGAAUGCAUUCUCUUUCUGGCUCCAAGCUUGAUGUGCCUGUGGGUUCCCGACUUCAGCUGCUGAAGAUGCAGCUUGAUGCUGUGAAGUGA